AUGAACAAAACUGCUGAAGAUUUCCAAGUCUGUGGUAAGUGUAAGGACCACUACGCAAGAUCUGUCAUACGUCAUCAUUGCCGUAAGUGUUUUGACCACGAUGGAAAGAAUCAAAGGGUUCUGAUGGUGCAAGGAAGAAAAAUCGCUGCUGGUGUGCACCCAAUUGCUAGCAAAGAUGUUCGAAAUAAAUUAUAUCCAUACAUGAACGAAGAUGCAGUCGUAAAAGAAAUUCGAUAUGAUGAAUUAGUAAUGGUUUAUGCUAAUCAAAUGGCCGAGAAAUACGGAACACAAGGCCAAAGUUAUAAACAAGUUCGGGCCAAUUUACGUCUUUGCGGUAGGUUCCUGAUAGCGAUUAAACAAAUCGAUAACAGGAUCAAGGACUUCAGUGAUCUUUUUCAACCCGAGUUUUAUGAUGCGGUCAUGCGUGUUGUUCGAGUAGUUACGAAGUACGACGAGGACACAAAACUUUAUGGAGCUCCAGCAGUAGCCUUCGGAUACGGAACACUGCUGAAGAAACUCGCCGAGCUCUUACGCAAUGAGUACAUUAAGAAAAAAAUGUCAGGUAAGAGAGAGGAAGUCGAUAACUUCAUCAAAUUACUUGAAGUAGACUAUGGCAUCAGCAUCAACCGCGGAGUGGCUGAGACUCAAGCCCAAAAUAAUCGACGUAAGGAAGUUGUCCUUCCCCCUACUGAAGAUAUUAAGAAGCUGCAUGCUUUCAUUAAAACGGAGCGAGACAAAUAUUAUGAGAAACUAACAGAGAAAAUUCCGUAUGUCAGCUGGGAAAACCUCGCCAAGAGAACACUCCUAUCAUUUCAAAUUUUCAACCACCGUCGACCGGGAGAAAUUGAGCGCCUCUUCAUCGAGGAUUUUCACAGUCACCUAGGUCUGGAUCAUGGUUCGAACCAGGAAGCCUACGACGGCUUGAGCGAGGAGGGAAAGAAGUUGUCCAGAAAACACUCCAGUGCAUGUGAUUUAAUGCGAGAGUACUCGCUUAAAUGUGGAGCCGACGCCCCAGAAACUCUACGUGGUACAACACUCAGGAAGCACAUUGCAACGAAGUGCAUUGCAUUAAAUGUGACAGAUGGUCAAGUAACUGAUCUCGCGAAUUUCACGGGCCAGGGUCUGACUCCAUUUGAGGAUGAGUCAGAUGACAGUAGUGUUAAAGAGCACAGCAUUCCUCGUAGAAAAUCCAACAGAGCUAGAGAUAACACUGGAAAUGGCCCCAGCAUGAGUAGUUCAACCACGUCGAAUACUUCAACCGGGAAACAGCUCUGGUCCGAUCAAGAAAGGAAGACUACGCUAGCAGCCUUCGGGGAAGAGUUAAAACUGGGGAGGGUCCCAUCUGGGAGAGAGAUGCAGGAGUUCAUUGAUAAAAAUUCAUGUAUGAGAGCACGCACUGUUCCUCAACUCAGAAUUUGGCUAUGGACUUAG